AUGGUACUUGAAUUGAAAAUUGCCAACUUGAGGGUUAGGCAAAUUUUGGUCGAUACGGGGAGCUCGUCCGACAUCAUCAAUUUUGAAUGUUUAAACCGGCUGCAGCAUGACCCUGCAAAGAUAGAAAAUAUUCACUAUCCAAUUAUCGGCUUUGGGGGAAGUGUCACUCAUCCUGUAGGUAUUAUCUCCCUCCCACUACGGAUGGGAAGUAAGAAAGAGUUCCGGAAGAUGGACGUCCUUUUCCUCAUAGUCAAAGACUUGACUACAUACAAUGUGAUUCUUGGGCUUCCCACUCUAAACAGGGGAAAAUCUGUCAUAGUUACUCACUUAAUGAUUCUAAAAUUUGUUUGUGAUGAUGGUAGCGUCAGUACUAUCCAUGGUGAUCAACAGCAAGCUCGAGAUUGCUAUUUAACUACCUUGAAUCCAGACGCCUGGGGAUCAGGUGAGGCCACGAAAGAUGUGAUAGGUAACAAAAGAAUGUGUGGCGGCACCAGUUUGUGA